CUUCUCCCUUCCAUAAUCCUUGUCGAAUCCUUGUUCAAUCAGUACGCAAUCUUCGUCUAUGCUGGAAGCUCGACUGCACCCAGCCACUCACAAUGCUCCAUUCUCUCGGCUAGCUAGGAGAUCGACUGGUUUGAUCGCAUGCAUCUGACGUCGCCAUUCAUGGGACUGGGAAUUUCCUACGUCGCGACAUCUGCCUAUCCCCAGGUACAGGGGACAGGACUAUUCGACAUGUAACUCUAACCAGCCAUUUCCUGAUGUUUCCUCCCGAAUUCCUCCUCUUGGCCACCUUGUCGCAUUCUGUUUUCUCUUCGCAAACUCCUCUUGUAUCGUUAUUUCCCUUCCUAUUUCUUGUGGAUAUCCUUUCUGCGGUCUUCUGCCGCCACUUGCCUCCUCGCGUUAUUGCUGUGCUUAUUGUGUCUGCAAGCGAAGCUUGUAGUACAUAGAGCCUGAAAAAGAAAUGGAUAAUGAAAAUGAGCAAAAUCGAUUGCAGAAAAAAGAGAAAGCACUCCAUGAACUUCUCACCUCCUCACUGGUCGACAUGUACAUCGGCCCAGAGUCCACGCACUGGACCAUCCAUGAACGACUCUUGACCUACCACUCCCCAAUCUUGGCGUCAACGUUCUAUGGUGACGAUGACAAGGAGCCCUCCGGCCUUCAGAAACGCGGAAACAAAUCUUAUGGCCUACCAGAAGAAGACGAUCUCACAUUCGAGCUCUUUGUCAGCUGGCUGUACUCUCGCACCCUUCAACCGCCCAAGGUUGAAAAAGACAUUGGCCCUCUCCUUGACCUAUAUCUUCUAUCGGAAAAGCUCCAAAUUGAAAAGCUCAGCCUUGAGAUAGUCGAGCUCGUGCGCGAGCACUACCACUCAACUUCCACAUAUCCUGGUCUCCGUCGCGUACAGUAUAUCUACGCAGAGACGGACGAGGACAAUGCGAUGCGUGAGAUGAUGGUCUCUUCGAUUGCGCGCCAGUUGACGACAGGUGACAAGAUCCCCUUACAUUGGGCGACGGCGCUCAAGAGAAACGGUCAACUUGCAGUCGACAUAAUUCGCUCCAUCCAGCAGUGGCAUAUCGAGGAGAGGAGCAUCCCUGAUGUCAGAGAUGGCAGUCAGGCUAGAGGUCGCACUUCCAAUGGAGGAGCUUUUAGUGCCGUGGUCCGCGAAAGUGAUUCACUCGAUACCACCACAGCCGAAACCAUCGAUACCAACUUGGGCGUGGAGAGUGUCCAGAGCGCUGAAGGCAUCAAUGCAAGAGAGCAAGACAAUGAAUCACAGUCUGAAGGCGCAAACGAUGAAGUCGAGGAUGAGCAGGCCAAGAGUUCCGAUGAAGAGAGACAUACGAAUAGUAGAAACGGAGCUCCGAUAUUGUCCCGAUCCAAGAGUUCGCGGAUUAAAUUGCCUGACAGUCUGCACCAAUUGCGCCCAUAUAUGGAAUCACCAAGCAAGGAAGAUGAGUAUGAAGAGGGCCAUGAUGAUGAUGAUGACGACGACAAGGAGGAGGAGGGGAAAGAAGAGUACAAAAAGGAGGCUUCAAGUCUGCUCACCAGUACGGACAUGAAUUCGUGCUCUACGGUAUUACCACCGCCAACCAGCAACGUUCUCAAUCAUACCAACUCAGACCUUGACUAUAACUCUGCUACUGGCACUGAUACCAACAUCUACCAAGCUAACGGAACCGCUCGGCCAUCUACUACCCUAGACAUGUCUAGGACGAACCAGAAGCCAGAUUCCCUCUCCAAUUCCAAGUUCAACAAAUCCCCGACUUGGACAUCCCAUGCCACAGGAAAGAAGCGUGAUCGGAGCCGUGAUUCCAAAUCUCCAUCUUCAACGACGAUGUCUCGACUGCUAGCACGAGCACCUCGGCCAGAAUUCCUGUUUCUUGCCGCUGCAUGGCUGGUGUAUUUUGUGUACGCGAUCGCCGCGCUGGGGUUGUUUGAGAAGGGUUUGUCAUUGGGGUUGGGCAUGCGAGAAGUCCCAAAACGUUUACUGGGUAGCGACGGUAUCAGCACCAGUGAUCUCGGUCUUACUACUCGUGCGGCGGGCUGGUUUGGCAGCAUCUUCCACCGUGACAGGCCCGUAAUGGGGUUAGGGCGUGGUCAAUCUGAUUAUGGCACCAGUAACUGGUUUGCCAAUUGGGCCAGUAGUACUAGUCCACGGGUUCGGGGAUUGGCUCAUAGAGGUGCUGGCAGGUGGUCCUAGUAGUACAAUGUGAGCGAUAUCGAUAGUCUCACACCAACCGUUUUCUCAUCGCGUCACAAUCACAAUCACAAUUCAU